AUGGAUGAGCAAGUCAAAGUAGAUAAAGAGCGAGAAAUGGCUGAAUUACUUGUGACCAUAGACAACUAUACACCAAUUAUACCUGAUUCGGUAAUUGAUUACUAUUUAAAUAAAACAGGCUGCGAAUGUGAUGAUGCGAGAGUGAAAAAAUUAUAUGCAUUAGCAGCACAAAAACUAAUCGCAGACUUGGCUACAGAUGCAUUACAAUUUAAUAAGCUAAAGCAAGGCACCUCUCGUAGUAAUACUAGUAAAUCAGCCAAGGAAAAGAAGACUGUAUUAAGUAUGGAUGACUUAUCUUCCGCACUAGCUGAACAUGGAUUAAACAUAAAGAAACCAGAAUAUUAUGACUAA